AUGUCCUACCCAGACCCUCGAGACUCGGUCUUGAACAAGCCAAAGCCAGUCAUCCACCUGCCCAAAGAUCUUCUAGAUCGUAUCACCAAAGGUGCUGAGCCGUAUCCCAUCUUGGCAGAGAGGAAAUAUGAAUAUGGCACUGCAGGAUUCCGUAUGAAGGCAGUGGAAUUCAGUAAUGUUGGUCUGGACCAUGUCAUCUACACUGUUGGUCUUAUCGCUGCUCUUCGUUCCAAGAAGCGCAAUGCGACGGUGGGCAUCAUGAUCACGGCGAGCCACAACCCGGCAGAAGACAACGGAGUCAAACUGGUUGAUCCGAUGGGUGACAUGCUUGAGCAAUCAUGGGAAACAUAUGCAACUGUCCUAGCCAACACUCCAAGUGACAAGCUUGGUUUUGAGUAUGAGAAAUUGCUCAACGAGACCUUGAUCAGCAACAUCAGCCAGCUCCAUGAACGACCGGCGAAGGUGGUGUUUGCCCGCGACACUCGUGCCUCUGGACCGUACCUGGUUACAGCUCUCAAAGCCGCCUUGGACGCCGUCAAUGUGGAGUAUACCGACCAUGGCCUCAUGACCACUCCGCAACUGCAUUAUAUUGUCCGUUGCAUCAAUACCAUGAAUUCCCCAUACGCCUUUGGUGAGCCGACUGAGCAAGGCUACUAUGAGAAGAUGGCCAAGGCAUUCAAAACCGUCAUGCACGGCCGCACCAUUCAAGGACCCGUCACUGUCGAUUGUGCCAAUGGCGUAGGAGGACCCAAAUUGAAAGAGCUGAUCAAAUACCUGCCCUCCGCGAAAGAAGGUGGCAUUGACAUCAAGGUGGUCAACGAUGAUGUGGUCAAACCAGAAGCCCUCAACUUCGAGUGCGGCGCAGACUAUGUCAAGACUAAACAGCGUGCUCCACCGAAUUCCAACGCGCAGCCCGGGGAUCGGUGCUGCUCUCUCGACGGUGAUGCUGAUCGUGUGGUCUACUACUACACCGACGAGCAGAAGACUUUCCAUCUCCUGGAUGGUGAUCGCAUCGCGACUCUCGGGGCCGUCUUUCUUGCAGACAUGACUCGUGUUGCCGGGAUUGACCAGAAACUGAAGAUUGGAAUCGUCCAAACUGCCUACGCUAACGGAGCUGCUACUGAAUACGUCGAGAAGGUGCUCAAACUUCCGGUUACCAUCACGCCUACCGGUGUCAAGCAUCUUCAUCAUGCUGCUGCCCGGUACGACAUUGGGGUUUAUUUCGAGGCGAACGGACAUGGCACAGUCCUCUUUUCGGAGAACGCGAUCAAGCUCAUCCGAGAAUCUGAGCCCAAAUCCCCUGGUCAGAAGCAUGCUCUUGACUCUCUCCGCGCUUGCAUCGACUUGAUCAACCAAGCGGUGGGUGAUGCUAUCUCCGACAUGCUGUUCGCUGAAGUUGUGCUUGCUCACAAGUCCUGGACUCUGGAGAAUUGGCGCAACACCUACAUCGACCUCCCCAACCGUCUAGUCCGUGUCGUGGUCAAUGAUCGAUCCAUCUUCAAAGCUGUCGACGCAGAGAGACGACUGGAGUCCCCCAAGGGUGCACAAGACGAGAUUGACAAAUACUGCCAGAUGUACAUCAAGGGUCGCGCAUUCGCCCGAGCUUCUGGCACAGAGGAUGCUGUCCGCGUCUACGCCGAGGCUCAUUCGAAGACCGAGGCGGAGAAGCUCGCAAGUCAAGUUGCAGAGGUGGUGAGGAAGUAUGGUUCGAUGUAA